UCUAAUGGAUGUUUGGAUGUGCUUUUUUAACAACCCCUCAUAUCAGAUCGGUUUUUGGGUUCAUUUUUCACAACCGAACCUGAUUGAGCCCCAUACAUAAUUAUUAGUACUUAUUUUUUAUUUGUAUAAUAUUUUGCAUGAUUUUAUUAUUUGUUGGUUUUUAGUUUUUGUAAAUAAAUAACUAUCAAUUGAAUUCAAUAUAUCUUUUUUACAAUUUCAUGUCUUUCAAACGUAAUCGAUUAUUUUUAUUCUUAUUGUUAAAUAAAAUUUGAUCGGAUUUAUUUUUUGUCUUCGUCCAAAUCGAACCACUGAUAUUUAAAUUUUUUUGAUUGGAUAACUUUUUGCCUCAGUAACCGAUCCAAAUCGACUUUUUUGUUUUUGUUUGGAAUGAGUGAUGAUUUUAGUUAUUGAAGGUGAAAGGAAGAAAUUAAUAUGUGACAGAAGCACUUCAACAACUAGUUUUAGUUUUGAUGAGCUUGUAAUUGCGACCGGAAAUUUUAAGGAAUUGCUGGGGGUAGGUGGUUUUGGAAGUGUUUACAAGGGUCGUCUCCCAAACGGCGAGCUUGUUGCAGUAAAACAGUUAAAUCCUGAUGGUUGUCAAGGCUGUCACGAAUUUAUGACAGAGCUUGAUAUUCUAAGUGUGCUGCGUCAUGCUAAUCUUGUUAAGUUAAUUGGUUAUUGCACCAAUGGAGAUCAAAUGCUUUUGGUUUAUGAAUACAUGCCUAAGGGAUCUCUUGAAGCUCAUCUUUUUGUUAAACAAUGUUUAGGAUAUCAUAACUUAUUUCUCAUUUCAGAUGUUACCCAAGACAAAGCUCCAUUAAGUUGGAGCUCUCGGAUAAAGAUUUCUCUUGGAGCAGCUCAAGGUCUUGAGUAUCUCCACUGUCAAGUUGAUCCACCGGUUAUCCAUCGAGACUUGAAAUCUUCAAACAUUUUACUGGAACAUGACUUCAGUGCAAAACUGUCAGAUUUCGGGCUUGCUAAACUUGGACCGGUUGGAGACGACACACAUGUUUCAACCCGAGUGAUGGGUACCGAAGGCUAUUGCGCACUAGAAUAUGCUAUGACUGGCAAAUUAACUAAACAAUCCGAUAUCUACAGUUUUGGUGUGGUUUUGCUGGAACUGAUAACCGGACGUAGAGCCCUGGAUACUAGUAGGGAAGCAGGGGAGCAAUACUUAGUUGCAUGGUGUCUCCCAUAUCUGAAUGAACCGAGAGAAUUUAUGCAUAAGGUUGACCCUCUUUUGCAAGGACACUUCCCCAACCGAGGUCUGCGUCGUCUGCUUUUAAUAAUUGAUAUGUGUCUCCGGGAGAAUCCAAGAGAACGUCCAACCAUUGGUGAAAUUGUUGAUGCACUAAAAUACUUAUCUUCCAAGAGUACCUCUAAAGUCUAUAAACAUGGGUUGCGCAGCUAACCGUUGCAACCACAUUUCAAACCAGACAGAAGUUAAUAUACUUAGGUAUAAGAUUCUAGGUUGUUUUUCAUUUAUGUUCAUGCUUUAGAUUUUUGAGUAUAGAUUUCAAUAGAGGCUUAAUCAGUGUAUGCAACCAAACGAAAACUUCCUUGAAUUUCAUUUCUUGAUUGUAGUGUUUGGUUUUCACAAUAUUGAUUUUGCAAACACUGAGGUUGGAGGUGCUUUGAUUUUACAAUAGAUAAAUGGUGUUGUAAUUAUUUGGCUUGCAAUUGCCUUGGUAAUUAACUGAUCUGCCAAAGGAAAUUUCAAGUUUUAUCAUUUGAUUGGUGAGAAUAGAGAAAUAAAUUGUUGA